AUGCCGGUCAAUCGAACUCCACCAAAAGGUGGAGGCGAGUCAAAUCACGAGCAACAAUCACAACAAGAACAACAACAACAGCAUAAAACACACCAACAAGCUGUCCUAUGCUCAAAAGUAUCCAAUAAUAAUAAUCAAACAACAUUUCUACAAUCAAAUCAACAGCUACAACUGCAAGAAAAAUCACUGCAAACCCAACAAAAACAACCACAACAAAACCAGCAAAUAGAGAAACAACAAAUGCAGCAGGAGUACCACAUAAAACUCCAACAAUCAAACCAUCAUCAACACAAUUCACCAUCAAAACUCAUUCAGAACAAUACCACAAUAAAAACAUUAGUUGCAUCUUUAGAAGCGUUUGUAAAUGAGAUCAAUCAGUUAAUGAAAUUGUUUAAAGGAGUAUCGAACAGAUUACAAAAUGACAAUUACAUGAUUGUAAUCAAAGCCGACAAAGUACCAGUUGGAGAACAUACACGACGAAUUAACGCUCCAACUACAAAUGAAGUCGCUGUUGUAAUAGUUGGCGAACAGUUUGAAAAACGAGACAUUAAAAUUAUGCGUAAAGAUAAAACAUGGCAAAUAUAUUUAUAA